AGUACCUGUAGUGCUCACCGCACUCUCUGUGCUGUCUGUGUAGUGCGUAAAGAAACUACAGCGCUGAGAGAAUCUUCUGGGAACAAACGGACACUUGUUCAAUCUCAUUCCACUGAAUUCUGAGGAGUCAAAGAUGAUUUCCAGCUUGGAUGUAGCAGCGGUCUUCCCACGGUGAACGUCGCUUGUUUUAAGGAGAACACACAGUUUUAAGACACUUGAACGAGUCUCAGCGCUUUGAUUUGUUUGUAGAUAACCGUUAUCUACUUCACGCGCAGUGUUAAUACGGACUAGCGCGCGCAGAGCGGACACUCUUCACAUGCUGAGCCAUGGAGACGCUGACUUCAGCAAAACUUCACACCUGCCUUUCAAUAUUCACAUUUCUGUGCUGUAUCUCAGGUGACCUGGCCCAACUUCAGCUACCUCAGAAAAAUGUAGAAGUGAUCCAAGGGAAGAUGGUAGUGCUGCAGGCUUCUUACACUGGUGUGGAGAUUAAGAAAAAUACAGUGGUCUGGAACUACAUGUCCAGCAGCACAGAAAUGAUCAUUUCAUACGUCGGUGGAAGCUUAAGCCAUAGCACUUCCCAGUUUGCUGGUCGAGUCGGUUUUAUGCAUAAUAUGCCCAACACCAACCUGUCUCUGUACAUUAACAACACCAAAGCAUCAGACUCAGGAAAGUACAUGUGCCAGGUCAUCAUUCCGGAGGCCUCAGGACUCACCGGAGAGCUCAUUCUUAAUGUUAAAGUCCCUCCUUCAGUGCCAGUUUGUCAAGUUAAAGGAAAGCCUGUUCUUAAAGGGAACAUCACUCUGGCUUGUAACUCUAAUGAUGGUAAGCCGGUACCAGAAUACAAGUGGACCAAGACCAGCCCCACCUCAGAGAUCUUCUUCCCUCCGGCACAAAAUGAAACAGCAGGAACUUUAAAACUGAACAAUCUGAGCAGUAAUAUGUCGGGGAAAUACAUGUGCACUGCAUCCAACUCUGCAGGAGUGGAGACGUGCUACAUCAACCUGGAAGUCAUCACAUCGACUAAUGCAGGGAUGAUCGCUGGUGUUACGGUUGGUUGUAUUGUGGCUCUCAUCCUGAUCAUUCUCUUCUUCGUCUUCAUGUGGACAAGACGGAAGGACACAGAGGAGGAUUUGGCCAAUGAAAUCAAAGAGGAUGCUCAGGCUCCCAAACGUGUCUCAUGGGCCAAGAGUGGCACUGGAUCUGACAUCAUCUCUAAAAACGGCACCCUGUCCUCCAUUCACACCGGCUCUUACCCACGAGACACCCAGAACCACCACCAUUACCCUCACUCCGACACCGCGUCCAUCCUCACGGCCACAGGGGGCAGCACAACCGGCUACCGCUCGCAGCCUCCAGCAGACGCCACACUGGAGCGCACAUUGCCAGGCUACAACACCAACCCCACCCUGCCCCGUGGACCCUCGGGACCCCCCAGCACCAAUGGAGGCUCCCAGCACACCUCAGUGCCACGGCCAGCCUCCGCCCAGCCUCGGAUUCCACGUCCACCUGUGCUGCCCACCACCGUAACUGCUGCCAACAUCUCCCGCAUGGGAGGGGUACCCAUUAUGGUGCCGGCGCAAAACCAGGCUGGCUCUCUGGUCUAGAACCAAACAUUUCUGCUCAACCUCUGAAGGGAAAGAGAGAAGAGGACAUCAUGUCUGCGGUCCCACAAACUGAAGCACAUUGGAAAGGAUGGAUUGGAACCGAUAAGCAUAUUGCCUCUGUAUGGAAAACGUAUGAUGUAAUUUUCUUUUAGAAUUUUUUUUUUAUAUAGAAAAAAAAAAUGUAAGCAAAUAUAUGUAAAGAUGCUCAUUUUAUUGUUUUAUAGUUUUUACUGUUCAAUGUAUUACAGAAAAGCCUCUACUCUCUAUAAAGUGGAACCUGUUAAACAGUAAACAAAAAGACACUGACCUGGAACUAUUCACUUUUUUUUGUUUCACUUAAUUUUAUUUGUGUUCUUUUUUUGUUGUUACUGCUUUACUGAUUGUUCUUCUUGCAAUCUAAAGAUGCUAACUUGCCUUGAUAAAAACAAAUGAAAGGUCUAUUCCACAUUAUUUAAAGACACUCCUCAUGAAUAAUUAUGUUUACAUAUGUUUAAUGCAUAUGCGAUCAGUCCACCGUAUUUUGCAAUGCGGAAGUAAGCUAUUUUGUUUGAAUGGCUGCACCCACUCUUACAUUAAAAUGAAGGUGGAUAGCAUAUGUUUCAUAGCAGCAUCUGUUAAAGGGAAUGUCAAGGACAUCACUUAAAAUGUGGCAUUAAGUUGCUAUAUUUGCCUUUAAAUGUUUUUGGCCAAAUAUUUAGAAAUCUGUGUUAUCUCUUAGAGAUGUGUGGUAGCUUUUUUCAAUUUAAAAGUUUAGAGUUUGGCGGUAUCUUAAUUUAUAUAGUGUUUUUGUACCCCAUAAUGAUGUUUUAAAUCUAAUGUAUUGAAUAUGUAAACUAUAAUUAUAAACAUUACCUUACUGUAAAUAAGGUAUUUAUUUCUCAUUCAAGGUCUGUCAAGGUCUCAUAAUUUCACAGCAAAUAAGUUGAAGAUUCUUCUAGGAUAUCGGAUACAAAACCAAAGAGUUUAUGUUCGAUGGUUGUUGAUGUGGGGGAAACUAGUUUUCCUUGUCAUUUUUAUCAGCAUUGUUCCAGACUGCUAAUGCUACUACAGUUAAAGCUGACAAAUUCCUAACAAAAUGAAUGGUAUCUUAAGAAAUAUGACGGGCAGACAGGCUGCAAACGUAGGUCAUAGUAAGGGUAAAAGAAAAUAAAUGCACCAGUGAAACAUGAACUCAAAAUGGACCCUAUUUAUUUUCUUAAUGCAAGUCACUGAACAUCCUGGUUUUACUCAGAAAUUUGUCCUAUUACAGAAGUAAAAUGGGUUGCAAAUGGCAAUUCAUGGUCACUUUAAGUAUAGCAGACCAUACAAUAAAUCACAAUCUAGAAGUAUGCCAAAUCAUGUUGUAUUAUUUUUUUUUACCACAUAUUUCAUAAAUGCUUUUUAAACAACUGCUGUAUCUUUAAGUAUGUUGUAUUGUAUGUACUCAACAGUGCUACUGACUGUUUUUCAGACAAACUAUUUACCUUUAUUUUAUUAGAAAUGUUUUAUUGCCUAUACCCAUGUCAAUCUUUUUGUCAUCCGCAGACUGCACAACCUCAAACUGUUCUCUAUAGGACAUUUAUUGUAUAGACAUGAAAACACUUUGUAUUCAUAUUUUUAAUUAAAAGAAACCGGCUGUA